AUGCUGUUGAAUGUCUCGGAUCAUUCUCGCGGCGCGACGCUGCCAUGGUGUGACGCGCUGGUUGAUCGGGUUGCAUGCUUUAGGUGGGGCGCUGUGGUUCCGCUUGUGGCACCCGACGAGGCGCGGAGGCCGACGGGUGUGCCUGUGGACUGCCCGCUGCUGCAGCUGACUCGGGAUGCGCUCCGAGAGAUGUGCUCUGCCGUUGGUCCUUGUUCGCCGCCCUCCAGUGAUCUUCGCGGGACACACAGUCGACGAGCGUGCUUCGCGUGCGACGACGCCCACACCUGCCCCUUUGAUUUUCUUUGUCCCAUUGGCAAUGGCAGUUUCGGCACGGUGCAACUUGUGCAGAGCCGGGUGUACCCAACGCGUUUUUUUGCUGCGAAGAGUGUGACGCGUCCGCUGCAUCCCGCUGCAUGUGCCCCGAUGGGGUUGCGGGAUGGAGACGAGGCUGCGUUGGCGGCGCUGCGCCAGGCGUUCUCUGGCACGAAAUCUGGAGUAGUUGCAUCGCACUUUCCUGGGUUUGACGAUAUUUUCCGUGAGGCACGCGUGGCCGCCGCUCUUCCACCUCAUCCUCACAUUUCGCGGUGCUACGGCGUGCUGUUGUCGCCGGGGGCUGCGGGGAAGACUGGAGACGUGGCCUCGUUUGCCCUGCACUCCGUGUCAUCACAAACUGCCGGUGGCGCCCACAUGUUGAUGGAGUUGGGUGCCGGCGGCACGCUUGGGGAUUUGUUCAAGCGUCGCGCGUGUCACAUUGCGGAGGAGCAUCUGGCUUGUUGGCUCGGGCAGUUACUGCGAGGGUUGGCGUGCUUGCACAAGGGAGGCGUGAUCCAUCGUGACAUCAAGCCAUCGAAUAUCCUUGUGCGCCGGCGUGCCUCUACAGCGUGGGAGAGCGACACGGAGUUGUUCUUUGUGGACUUUGGCAUCUCUGCGUUGAUAGCGGACUCAAACUGCGAAACGGAGCGGACGGUGAUUGGGUCGGGCGCGUACUGCCCCCCUGAGAUUGCGCGAUACUGGGGCUACCGCAGGCGAUGCGCUUAUUCCUACGCCUCCGACGUGUGGAGCACCGCGGCGCUUUUUUACGUGUUUGUCACAUGUGGUGCGGCGAGCAUGGAGGAUGGUAUGGCUGCUGUUUUUUCAACCAAUUUUUCCGCGGCUACCGAUUCGGCGAUGGCGGCUCAGUUCCGGGUGGCGCGCGGGGAGUACCCGACGCUGGUGAUGCUGAAGCAAGUUCCUCUCUUGGAUGAUGGCGCCCUUCGUCUCGCACAGGAGCAGCUCGCGGGGCGGAGUGCUGGUGCCGACGGGGGGUUUGAGCAGGGUGCCUACACGCACUACACGACAGUGGCUGACGAGGCCCCCAAUGGUGGGGAGUGUGAGAGUUCAGGUGGGUGGCCCGCCUGGGUCUUUUCUCCGGCUGUCCAAUUGAUGGCGAGGCACCUGCGGGUGCGAGAGCUCUCCGUGGAGUUUCUGAGCCUCAUCGAUUCCAUGAUGGCACUGAACCCUGCGGAGCGUCCCACGGCAGAGGCGGUGCUGCUGGACUCGCCUGUGUUUGGGAUGCGGUUGCCGUGGUGGGAGAAGGUGGUGGAGAAGGCGAUGCAGCGCGUCGUGGAGGGUGUAGAGAAUGUGCUGCUGGACGUGUGCGUUGGUGAUAGUGACGAGGAGGAAGAGGAGGAUGAGGAGGAGGCCGCGCUUGUACGGCGCACCAUGGCGCCUCUCGUUUCGCCUGCGGAGAACCACGGCUACGUCCCGCACAACGUUGUCCACUGGUGGGACAUCGAUCUCACCAGAGGCGAGCCGGACCACACAAAGUGGCUGCCACCCACCUCGCUGCUCGCCUCUCUCCUCACAACGUUGCGGGACUUGACGGGGUUUGAGGCGACGGGCGAUGCGCUUGCCCCCGUGCGUCGGGAGGUGCCGUUGUACACCGUCACCUCGCUGCGGUUUCUUGAGCGUGUGUGGGCGCCAGUCUGCGGCGCCGAACUUUCCAGCAAACGCGUCGACGACGGACCUCUUUUUAGUGAGCUUAAGGCUCGUGGCUGGAACACGGACUUCAUCAUUCAUGUGCAGAUAAAGUUGAGUGCCGUUGCUAGGGCUGGGCAGGUGCUGAUGCGGAACGGCUGGACGGAGGAUGAGGAUGUGGCGGACGAAGAGGAAAUGGCCCGGCGUGCCAUGGAGGUGUUGGUGGCCGCGACAGAGACGUGGCUUCGCCACCGUGAGGCGAUCACCGGUGUGGUGGCUCUCCACGUGCUGCCAUGGGUGAGUUGGCACCUUGGCAGCGAGGCAGGUGGCACAGGCGGAGACGCACCGCGCUGCUUCACUGUGGAGUACAUAGCUGCCGGUCCGAGAGAGGACCGAUCAGAAUCAGCGGUCUGUAAAAACAGCGUCACAGGGGACCUCGCUGCGGUUUUUCGCGAUUGGCGAGCCAACGUAACGAAUGGUUUGCAGCAACUGUCCUGCGGCGUCGACGCCACUGCCGUUGCGGCUGAAGAUGUGAGGCGUGACCAAGCCUCACCUGUUCAGCGCGGCAUUCCUGCGUUGGAGCAGAGCUUUGAGGCGGUGCUGGGCGCUCUUGAGGUUUCUGAGUCGGAGCUAAUUGGGCGGCAGAAACGGAAUGAGGCGCACCAUGGGCUACUGCAGGGUCACGUGGUUCCCUGGCUCAGCACGAGGCCCGCGCCCUCCGUGGAGCGGUGCGUGGACACUCUUCGAGGCGUGCGUGACGGUGCAGGGACACUUUCACAGCAGAUCCAGGAGUGGAUUUUAACUACCAUCUUCACAACGGAGGGGGCCAUGGCGUUGAUGCCUCGACCCGGCAUCAGCGGCCAAACGGAUUCUCUCCCGUGA